GCGGCAUUUCAGCAGGGAGAUUUUCACCAGAAAUGACUGGAUUUGUGGGUGCAACAGGAAGAAUGCCCUUUUCUGCUUUCCUUGCAUACUUUUCGGCGGUAGGUGUUACAGAUUUAGUGCACCUGAGUGAAAAAAUUAAGAAGCAUGAAAACUCUGAAACACAUCUUCAUAAUUCGAUGGAAUUGGCUUUAUUGGGGAUUGAUAACAUCAGAGCUCAGUUAGAUUUAGCAUAUUGGAGAAAUAUACAACAGCAUAAUGAUACCGUUACAAAAAGCAGAAGAGAAAAACCGAGCCAGCGCAAGUAAAACGGCUAUCGAUAAUUUUGAAAAAUGUAUUGUCGAUGUGAGAAAUAAAAUUGAUGACAUAAAUGAAGCCAAAAGUAUUUGCACUGAACCCCAAGGAAACAAAAGGAGAUAUAAUAGCAGUCACGAUGACCGAGUUGCUGCAUUAGAAGUAUGCGACAAUAUAAUUUCAAUUCAAAGAUCAUUUGGUAGCCACAUCCCUUUUUUCCCCCCUGAACACUUUGGAGAAUACUAUGGUAAGUUUCCUGAUGACAAGUUGGAAUCUACCUGCUUGGCUUAUCCCGAAUUAGAAAAAAGUCGUUUAAAGACAGAGCUGUCUGUUAUUUAUGCACGGAAUGAUUGCCGAGAUUUACAUGGAACUCUGUCUCUUUUGAAAUUUUUUAUAAAAAAUAGUUUGUAG